AAAAACAAUGCUACCCUCUUCGUCUCCAACAGAUGAACCCUAAUCACUCAUCACCAUUCCAAUCUUAUACAUAACCCAUUCACAAUUCUUGGUGUUUUUUCCUUCACAAAUGAAGAAACCCCAUCUGGGUAUUGAAACCCGACCUCGAUUUCUCCUCUUCAUCUUCGACAUCCUUACUGUUUAUGUCAUCUAUGUUCACUCUCAGUCGACUUCCGACGAUACUGCUGUAAUGCAGGCUCUAAAGAAAAAUCUCCAACCACUGAGUUCACUCAAUUGGUCCGACCCGAAUCCAUGCAACUGGGACCGAGUCGAAUGCUCCAAAGUCAACCGGGUCACCGGAAUUCAAGUCGGUAACCAGAACCUCAAAGGCACUCUCCCUCAAUCCCUCAAUAACCUCACGGAACUCCACGUUUUGGAGUUUCAAAACAAUCAACUCACUGGGCCACUCCCCAGUCUCUCCGGGUUGAGUCAGCUCCAGAACCUACUGCUCGCUAACAACAAAUUCUCUUCAAUACCGUCGGAUUUCUUCAAUGGUAUGUCUUCUUUGCAAAACGUUUAUUUGGAUUACAAUGCGUUUACUGCAUGGUCUAUCCCAGAGAGCUUAAAAACUGCAUCGAACUUAAAAACUUUCUCGGCGACGUCCACGAAUCUUACCGGAAAACUACCGGAUUUUUUCGGCGGUGAUACUUUUCCGGGGCUAAUUACUUUGCGUUUAGCUUUCAAUUAUCUUGAAGGCGGGUUACCCAAUUCGUUUCCGGGUUCGUCCAUACAGAGCCUGUGGUUAAAUGGACAGAAAAGUGAUUCUAGGCUAAAUGGAAGCAUUGAAGUUUUACAGAAUAUGACACAAUUGACUGAAGUUUGGCUUCAUUCCAACUUGUUUUCGGGUCCUUUACCAGAUUUUUCGGGUUUAAACAAGUUGCAGAAUUUGAGUUUGAGAGAGAAUAGUUUCACAGGUCCUGUGCCAGCAUCUUUGGUAGGUUUGCAGUCUUUAAAAGUUGUGAAUUUGACUAAGAACAUGUUACAGGGGCCAAUGCCAAAGUUCGAUAGAUCGGUUGAUGUGGAUAUGAGUGAGAUUGAUAGUUUUUGUUUGCCUGAUCCUGGUGUCAAUUGUGAUGCCCGUGUUGAUAUCUUGCUUUCGGUGGUUGGAUCUGUGGGUUAUCCUCAAGGUUUUGCUAGUAAUUGGAAGGGUAAUGAUCCGUGUAAAUCGUGGUUGGGAAUUACUUGUUCGAGUGACGGGAAUAUUACGGUCGUUAACUUCCGGGGAAUGGGUCUCACGGGCACCAUUUCAUCGGAUUUAUCUUCGAUUAAGAUGCUGCAAAGAUUGAUUCUUGCAGACAAUAAUCUUACUGGGGUUAUACCUAAUGAACUUAAAGAUUUGCCAAAUCUUGUAGAGAUAGAUGUUUCAAACAAUCAACUUUAUGGCCAAAUUCCUUCUUUUAAAGAAACUGUUAAGGUGAAAACCGAUGGGAAUACGAAUAUUGGGAAAGAUGGUCCCAGUUUAACACCGGUUUCACCUUCUAAUGGUUCACCGGACUCGCCUGGUGUUAGACAUGGCGCUGGUGGUGGCAGAAGUUCCUCCACUGGGGUGGUUGUGGGAUCUGUUAUCGGCUGUCUUUGUGCAAUUUUGUUAGUGGGGUUGCUAAUUUUUUAUGUCUACAGAGCGAAAAGAAAGCGUUCUGGUAGUCUGCCUUAUCAGAACACGAUGGUCAUACAUCCCCGCCAUUCAGGGUCUGAUGGUGAUGGGGUCAAGAUCACGAUUGCCGGUUCAAGUGCUAACGGUGGGUCGAGUGAAGCAAACAGUCACACAAGUAGUGGAACUAGAGAUAUUCAUGUUAUCGAAACAGGUAGUAUGGUAAUUUCAAUCCAGGUUUUGAAGAACGUGACGAACAAUUUUAGCCCGGACAACGUUCUUGGAAGAGGAGGGUUUGGAACAGUUUACAAAGGCGAAUUACAUGAUGGAACUAAGAUUGCCGUAAAGCGGAUGGAGUCAGGAGUAAUGAGCGAAAAGGGAUUGGAUGAGUUUAAAUCGGAAAUCACCGUGCUUACCAAGGUUCGACACCGGCAUUUGGUAGCACUUCUCGGAUACUGUUUGGAUGGAAACGAGCGACUACUUGUUUACGAAUAUAUGCCUCAGGGGACACUUAGUCGGUUUCUGUUUAACUGGCAAAAUGAAAAUUUGAAGCCUCUCGAAUGGACCAAAAGAUUAAUAAUCGCUUUGGAUGUUGGUAGAGGUGUCGAAUAUUUACAUGGUUUAGCACAGCAGAGUUUCAUCCAUCGGGAUCUUAAACCGUCCAACAUUCUUCUUGGCGAUGAUAUGCACGCCAAAGUUGCGGACUUUGGACUCGUUCGGCUUGCCCCUGACGGUAAAGCUUCACUCAUCACAAGAUUGGCCGGAACUUUCGGCUAUCUUGCACCGGAAUAUGCAGUGACGGGUCGACUGACUACCAAAGUCGACGUGUUCAGCUUCGGUGUAAUCUUGAUGGAGUUGAUCACAGGGCGAAGAGCGCUUGAUGAAACCCAACCAGACGAGAGUAUUCAUCUGGUUCAGUGGUUUCGCAAAAUGCACAUCAAUAAGGACACCUUCAGAAAAGCCAUAGACCCGGCACUUGACCUCGACGAAGAAGCUCUUGCGAGUGUCGGCAAGGUGGCUGAGCUAGCCGGUCACUGCUGCGCUCGAGAACCCUACCAGAGACCUGAAAUGAGCCAUGUGGUCAACGUGCUGUCAUCUCUAGCCGAGCUUUGGAAGCCAUCUGAACUGGACCCUGAUGAGAUAUAUGGAAUCGAUCUCAAUACAACUUUGCCUCAGGCCGUAAAGAAGUGGCAAGAGUUGGAAGGAAUGAGCGGGAUUGACGAUUCGUUGGUUAUUGGGAGUGGUGAAAGCACGCAAACGAGCAUACCGAGUCAACCAUCAGGCUUUGGUAAUUCGUUCAUGUUACGGUGAGGUUUGGUUCUGGUUGGAGAUUGGCUUCGUUUGUUCAUUCUUUCUGAUGCUUAUUUAUCUGGUAUUUGUUAUUUUAUCAUUUGUCGGUGUCAUCGGUCGUUCUUGAUUGAGUUAUUUAACGUAAAAAUCCCGAUGUCUCUAUAUCUCUUUAUUGUUUUUGUUACUGUU